UGCCACUGCUGUCUCUCGCAUUUCCAGCGUUUUGUGCUUGUCCUGCUCGACUACUCCGUGUGUAUAUUGCAGGAGGUCGCUUCCGCUCCUCCAUAACCCGACUCUGUGCCGUGCCAUAGUCGUGCCGUAGUUGUGUAGUAGAAAACAUGGCACUCAUAGGAGUCCGAGGGCGGGUAAGAAGAGAAACGUAAACCGAAAGUAGUGCAAAAAAUAAGGAAGCGUUGCAAGAAGUCAGAGGGAGCCAGCUGGUAAAGCUGGAGUAUUGGAAACACAUUUGAGAUCUUUUUCUAGUCCUUACAUGGGAUGUCGAUUCGCCUUCAUCGGGAGACGAGAGGAAACUGAGUGGAUUUUAAUGGCGAUAUUUUUCGUUAUAACUCCUCGAGAGAUGUAUGAAAUCGGAUGGAAUCGUCUUUUUCAUUUCAUCAUUGUACAUUUCCCGUUUCACAAUCAAUUUUUAUCUAAAGCCAAAAUAUUGCGGUUUAUUUUUAGUUCAAAACAAAGUUUGACUUUUCGUUUUUCGCUCAGACUUUCUAUGUGAGGUUAUGUUCCCCAAUUUUGACAGUACCGAAUUAAAUAUUUAACCUACACGCGUUUUGUAUGUUACUAUAUUCUUAAUUUAAGCCCGAAGAUAAAUUCUAAUCAAAAAUUAUGAAACGUGUCAACCCACAUCAAAAAAUGAAUUUUCGAGCUGACCUGACUUGGUAAUUAUCAACUCAAACACAAAAACACACCAAACUUGUGCUGCGCAGUGUUGUACGUCCCUUCAGGAUUGAAUAAAAUUAAAACCUUUGAUCGCACAGUGUAAAACAUGUAAUUAACAUGUGGAAACUAAUCACACAUGGUACAAAUUUAGGAAUUCACAGUUAACAGUUUAAUUGUUCUGAUGUCAUCAAAUCUAAAUUUUUGUUUUUCUAUUCUCUUGCUGUUAAAGAGCAAUUAAAAUUCGGUAAUUACGCAAUUAUUUUGUAAACGCCGAACUCACGCGAUCGCAAAUAUUCAAAUGCCUGACCUAUUUUUUCUUCUUGACUUAAUUUUUAGUUUUUACUUCAAUCCACACACCAAUUACACAUAGCACUCAGGUCAGGUCAUGAUGAAUUUAUUCAAGUGAUCAUUUAACACUCACUAAACUUGAAUUAAACGCCUGCGAUUAGUGCAAAUUGCAAAUUAAUCCGUAAGUUUAAUUAGUUAUUAAAAUCCCCCUUUCACGCAUCAGCUAUGAUUAAGUUGAGAGAAGCAAAAUAAUAAAUAGGUCGACUUUUUCUUAAAGAAAGUUAAUAACAUUAUUCUAGGUGCUAGCAGUAGCAAAUCUCUUGCGAAUGUUCCGAAUGUAUUUAAAUAUAUUGCGGCUUGAGUAUUGGCUGACACCGGAGAUACUGUACUCUACACCUACUUAAAACAAAUCGAAAUUUACAGUUAGGAUCGAAGUCGGUGCACGAAUCUUUAAAGAUUCCGUAAUUCGGUAUCGAUUCACCAUUCGUUCGACGCGUCGCACUUGGAAUACUUACUUGCUCAACACUCCAGAGUUGAGAUUACUAAACUCAGGAUAUAUUCGCUUCGUUUAAUCACGACGCGUCUUGAAAUCCACGGAAAUUGACUCCGGUGUUGUGUGUUUCCGGUUUAAUUUAAAUCUAUUACAAAAAUGAUUAAAUUUGCAAGCGCGAUUUGUGUGUUGAUGAUUUAUUUCGUGAAUGUUCAAUCAACUGUUAUUUACAACAAUGGUAUAAACCGGUAUCCGGAUUCAUUCUAUCCGUCCGGAAUUGGUGGAAACUUGCACGACAAUCGCCGCAAGUGUCCUUUGUGCGACUCCUCCGUGUAUUCAUACUGCAGCGACAAAUUAUUUCACGAUUCUUGCUGCUGCUACAAACCGACUAAUCCUUACGAUCGCCUCCCCUACGAAUGUCAAUACGCUGACUGCAAUUUCCUGCACGCCAACUCCUGCAAGGAGCAUGAACUCAUCACGGCGUGCUGUUGCACCAAUUUCUACUUCCACAAGAGGAAAUGAGCGGCCGUCGCACCAGAGUGAC